AUGGCUUCCUUUCAAGAAGAACCCUUAGCAGCAGGCCUGCUUACGGUUCUUGUCACUUCUUUCGCCCCUACUCCGACCGCUACCGCAUCCGCCUCUUCAUCGUUUCACCAUUUCCCUGCAUCGACAUCGGGUUCUGACUCGAAUACUGGCGGCCACAACGGAGGGCAUAUACAUGAAUGGUCAUCGCUUAUUGGUAUUGUGACUGCAUUGGUGGGAAACGUGCUCAUAUCUCUGGCGCUCAAUAUCCAGCGUUACGCUCACAUCCGGAUUGAGAGGGAGUGGGAGCAGAGCAAGCUCCAAAGGGAACUAGAAUGGAAACGGGCGAACUCGGGCCGAAACGCAGCAGGUGCCUACGGAGCUACCGCGGAUGAUGAGGAGGACGACAGGGAAGCUAGACGAGAGAGGCGCCCGUUCCCUCGUUAUCGAGACGAGUCUCCGGAUACCGGGCCAGAAUUACCCGAGGACUUUCUGAGACAGAGCGACGAGUUCUCGGAUGGAGAAUCGAGCUCGCGCGGUCGCCUACGCGAGUCCUUUUUAUCAGACCAGACUAUUCGUCCUGGGGAUAAGGAUUCGCGCCAUGGCCGGCGCAAGUCAUACCUCCGUUCGCCGUACUGGUGGGCGGGCAUCGUGCUCAUGUGCCUCGGCGAGGCUGGUAACUUCAUGGCAUACGGGUUUGCUCCUGCAUCGAUUGUGUCCCCGCUAGGCGUCGUCGCGUUGAUCUCGAACUGCGUUAUUGCUCCAAUAAUGCUCAAGGAGAAGUUUCGCCAACGCGACGUCUGGGGGGUCCUCAUUGCAAUCGCUGGCGCUGUUGUGGUCGUGCUCAGUGCCAGUUCGUCAGAAGAGAAAAUCGGUCCGCAUGAUAUAUGGAUCAUGAUCACGCGCUGGGAAUUCGAGCUGUACUUGGGUCUGACGGCCGCCUUGAUCGCCGCUCUCAUGUGGGUGAGCCACAUGUAUGGCUCGCGAACUAUCCUUAUCGAUGUCGGGCUAGUCGCGCUGUUUGGUGGAUAUACUGCUUUGUCGACAAAGGGUGUCUCGUCACUACUGUCAUUUACGCUUUGGCAUGUUAUUACCUUUCCGAUCACUUAUCUAUUGGUGUUUGUCCUUGUUUUCAGCGCUCUGAUGCAGAUUCGGUACAUCAACCGGGCUUUGCAACGUUUUGAUUCCACCCAAGUCAUCCCAACGCAAUUCGUGCUCUUCACAUUGUCGGUCAUCAUCGGAAGUGCUGUGUUAUACCGCGACUUUGAGUCCUACACCGCCGAGCGCGCGUCAAAGUUUGUCUGUGGCUGCCUCAUGACAUUCCUAGGCGUGUACUUUAUCACAAGUGGCAGAGUCCGUGCCGAUGACGAGUCUUCUUUCUCCAUUGAUGACGAGGAAGAAGCGAUUGGGCUUUUGGGAGGAGAGCGGUAUCGAGACAGGGUUGACAUGCCCCCUCCUGCGCAUCAAGCGAGGAUACACAAUCCCGGGCAAAGGAAACCGGUGUCUGGAGAGAACAAUGUACAGUCCCCAACGGGAUCUUUGCUAAGCCAUGGGAUUGAGGACGUCGAUGAGGACCAACUCACUCCCAAGGGUGCUCUGUCCGCUGCUCCUUCAUCUCCUGUCGGCUCCCUGACUGCCGAAUCUCUUACCCAGCCAUCUCCCGAACAUCCAUCUCCUUUGCACUCGCACUCACUGUUGACGAACCCAUGGGCGGACCAUUUGGAACAACACGUUCAGGCUUCCAAAUCCGAACCUCAGAUUCACCGACCAGCCACUCCUCCGGAACGGUCCAAAAAUGCCAAUCCUGGUUCAACAGUCCUCUUGCAAUUUCCUCCUGCGCCUGGCAUUGAAGAUCACGGUCACCAACCCUCGUCUCCAUCCAAGCCCGACCAUGUCGAACCAGCUGGCGGAGCAAAUAGCGUCCCCCAGACUCCUCCUGCAAGGAACUUACGUAACUCUAUAUCCAAGCAUUUCUCUCCAGGCCCACUUCUCCCGACCCUUUCGGCGGGGUUCAGUGCGGUCGUGGCCGAAUCACUUCGGCGUGGAGAGACGAGUCCCAUGAAAGACCGAAAGACCCAUAGGCGGUCCGCUCGGAGAAAGCGGCUAAGUACAACAGUCCUCGACGGUUACCUGCGCAACAGGGACAGUGACCCGAGAGACCGUUCAGAUGAGGUGGAUGCGGGUGCCGAGAAUGACCAUCAUCUUCCAUUCCAACUUGCAACUGCUCGACUCCAUUCUACCGGAGAUCUCCCGACGGCUCCAGUGACCGUUGGUAACUCCACUCCGGUUGUAGACUCAGGAGAUCAGUCCAGCAGUCAGACUGGACACGAUAUCACCACGCUGACUCGACUGCGCAGCUUGAGUGAUUCAUGGAGUGGAGGGCUGGCCUGGCUCGGUGGAGCUCUACGAAAGCCUAACAGCAGCAACAAGGCGUUGGGCAAUGCUACAGCAGUUGAAACAGACGAGAAUGACAAUGGCGCUGAGACGCAUGAUGGCGAAGGCGGUCGUGAAAGAGGCGCAGAUACGCAGGCGUAG